AUGACCAUACCAUAUAUCCCCAGCAACAUUCCUCUCCGACCACCCAACUCGAAGCAGGAGCCGCCAAGCCCUACACCACCACCCAGGCUAGUUCUAGGUGAACACAGAGUCAAGCCUAGACUGAGCAAGCCAAGUCUGAACCCAGUCCUGGAGAGUGACCAGCGACUGUCUAGAGAUGUUGAACAGCUGGUUUCUGGAGAUGCCAACAAAGUGACAAGAAAGCACUCGUUACCCAUCCUCUCCAGAAGACGACGCGAAGUCUCAGAUGAACUAGUCUUAUUAAAGCAGAGUGACGAGGUAGGUGAUCGAGUACGAUGUGCGUCUGCUGUAGUGGCAGAGAUCAAGACCAAUGUCAUUAUUGAAGACGAGUUUACUUUCACCACUGAGCUGCCAGAGUACCUGUCCAUACACUACAAUCGCCCUGCAUCAUGUAUUGUAACGACCCUUCAGCAUGGCAUCUGCAUCCAAUUUGGCGGGAGCUGUGCUCCGUCUUAUAUCAUGAGGAUCGAAGCGCUCGAUCGAGAUAUGCAGCCUGCAGCGAACAAGCGGAAUAUUGCUCUAUUGCAGCGGCACAUGGAACAAGCCCUUGGUAUUCCCCCUUCCAGAGGUUAUCUCAGAUUUGUUCCUGUUGCCGAGGACUGCGCCGGGUGGAAAGGCAACACUAUUGCUGGGGAGAUAUUGGAUGCGAAAGACCGUGUGCAAACAGUGAAUGAACGUCGAGGGUCUAUCAGAGCUCCGAGGCGAAGAUCCAGCAAGAUACCGCUCCACAACAGAGCGAUGUAA